AUGAAAAAUGUUCUAAAUGUUUACCGAAGAAGUAAUAAUUUCAAUAAUUUUAGUUGUUUAGACCUAGAAACUGGAAUAUUGCCUACGUUGGAUCAAUUGAUUGAUUUGUGGUUAAUUUCUCCCUGGAAACAGGAACCCCCACCUGAAAACAUGUAUGAAGAACUGGCUGCAUUACAAACUGUUUUUCCUGCACUUGAAGGAAAAACAGUGGAUAUGUGGUGUACAUUUUUCAGGAAUGAAGCAGCAGCAAAUUUGCUCAAAAUAGUUCAAUAUGUUUGCAGCAUUCCUAUACCCAAUGCUUUUGUUGAAUGGAUAUUUAGCGUUGUGGGAAGUAAUUGGACAGACGAAAGAAAUCGUCUAUCCCUAGAAAGUGUGAAAAGCGAACUUUGCGUUUUCUUUAACAUCAAUAGCAGUUGCACUGAAUUUAAAGAUUACAUAUCGGCGGCAUCUAAUGCAAAAUAUUUUAAAAAGUAG